UUUGAGUGUGUUCCCACCCACGUCAGUGCAAUUAAGAAGGCCAUUUGCAGUUCAACCUUGGGUUGAUUCAGAGGAGAAUAUUGGGAACCUUCUCAUGGUCUGGAGAUUUUUACAGAACUUGAGGUUUUGUGAAAGCAAUUUUCCAUUGCUGAUGCUGACUACUAAUUCGUAUUUCACUCUCCAUAUAAUAAGCUUGUACAGAAAAGUUUUGCUCGAUUAGUGUUCAAUGAUGUUGUGGUAUGCCAAAAGAUUUCUGCAUCCUGACAUUGUGGCGCCAUAUGACUAUAUAUUUAUCUAGGAUGAAGAUCUAGGAGUUGAGCAUUUUAAUGCAGAAGAAUAUAUAAGACUAGUGAGGAAAUAUGGCUUGGAGAUUUCACAACCUAGUUUAGAACCUAAUAAAGGGUUAACAUGGCAGAUGACAAAAAGAAGAGGUGAUCGAGAAGUCCACAAAGAAACAGAUGAGAAACCGGGCUGGUGCCCUAACCCACAUUUGCCUCCCUGUGCAGCGUUUGUUGAGAUCAUGGCUCCUGUAUUUUCUAGAGAUGCAUGGCGGUGUGUGUGGCAUAUGCUUCAGAAUGACCUGGUACAUGGUUGGGGUCUUGACUUUGCUCUCAGAAGAUGUAUAGAGCCUGCCCAUGAGAAAAUUGGAGUUGUAGAUUCUCAAUGGAUCGUUCAUCAAACUGUUCCCUCGCUUGGGAACCAGGGGCAAGCGGAGAAUGGGAAGGCACCAUGGCAAGGGGUGAGGGAGAGGUGUAAAAAAGAGUGGACCAUGUUUCGAGUUCACAUGACCAAUGCCGAAAAAGCAUAUUACAAGGAGAUGAGAAUUAAUCCUACCAAUUCCACAGCUGACUAGGGGAUGACCCUCACAGAAGCUGACCUGUAUACAAUCAUAAUUACCACUGUUCUUAGGGUUUAUUUUAUUUUAUUUUAUUUAAUAAUAGCGAUCAUUUUUUAGUAUCCUAGAGGUUAUUGAUGAGAGAGUGCUUUGAUCUUCCAUGCUGCUAAAAGUGAAUUGGGUACCCGGGUGGCAGGUGAAAGAGAAAAAAAGUCAAUUAUUUGUUUCUAUCAUCGUCUAUUCAUUUUUGUUCUCUCUUUCACACAUUGAUAUGUAGACAUUAAAUGGGCAUGAAAGUUCCUCCUUCAUGGGCCAUUAUAAAUGAAAUAUGAAUCAAAGUUAAUGCUAGCAA